AAUCUUAUCAUUUGGGCCAAAAAGUUGGUGGCACUCUAUAGAGAGUCAGUGUAUAAUAUUAGCAAUGAUGGCCUCAGACCGUCCGGAUAGUCUCUAUUUGAAAACUUUCAAAUCAAGUAUUGGGAACAAUUACCCACAGUCUUUUGUCUGGCAGUGCCACGGGUAGGGAACAUUGUUCGGAAUAAACUCUACAGUCAUGGCCAUGUUUAGAGCUGUUGACAAGCGAACAUGUACGCGAUACACAUAGGCCGUCGAAAUUGACUAUUACGAACUCGUUCAGUGUUAGUGCAUUGUUAUGUGGGUUUAUGUCGAAUAGUUGUUAUUAUAUGUGGGACGGAUCUAACUGUUGACCGAGUCUAAUAUCGAAUCACUGUUCAUUCGGCAAGGAAAUGUCGGUUGUUUUCCUCUGUCUGAUGGUUAUAGCAAAGGAAGUUGUACGUUUGAUAUGGUUGAACGGUCUGAAAGGAGGUUUUUUCCUCUCAGAACAAUCUCUCAUCAACUUCUUCAAGCACCUCUCAGAGAGGAAGAAGAGGAUAGAGAGGGAGGUGCUAUCCUAAUAAAUUUCAUGAAAGUUGGCUGCAAGAGAUGAAAUUAGCAUAGCUAAAUGGGUUGGCAUUGCCACGGUAGACUAAUGGUAACAACUAUGAAAAAGUAUUGUCCUUAGGUGUGACACAGUUAGCCAGGCUGGAAGUUGUCUUAGUUAUCUGCCCUUCGUCUCAGUUAUCUGCCCCUAUCGCUCCUCCAUGUUGGGACAGUUCAGUUACCACAUUUUGUACAUCUUGAAAGCAAACAAUGACAAAUGGAUACAGACAUUCAAGACUUAAAAAUGAAAUUGUCUGGCGAAGACUUCAACAUGAAAGGAGGAAGGGGUAGCCUAGAAAUAGUCAGCCUCAUUUUUGUAUUUACAGCUAAUGUUCUCUACUGUUUAGCUGCCUUUACUCAUGCUUGGUUCCAGCUGCCACCCCACUCAUUUUAUGGCUUGUGGUGGGUGAAGUUCUGUGAUUACCUUCGAUGUCAGAUUAUCCCAGCGUUUUAUGCAGAAGAACCAGCAUGGUACCAUGUAAUGCAAGGUCUCAGCCUCACUGGGUGGAUUAGUCUUGUGGUCUCCAUGAUGAUGCUUUUGUCCAAAAGAAUUGAUGUCUAUCUCCCAAUUAUUUUGCGAACUAAUCGCCAGGUGACUGUGUCUGCUCUGUGUCUCUUAUCUGUUUCUGCUAUCUCCACCAGUAUUAUAAUGUUUUACUCCAAACUAGAUGAAUCCAGUCCAAAAGAAACACCCCAGAUAUCUUGGUCAACUGGAUUAGCUGCACUUGCAUGUUUCUUGGAACUGUUUGCAGCUAUGCUCUUGUUGAUUAUUUCCUGAUGGUGCCACUACCAAGAUACAUAUUUCAAUAGAUGUAUCUAUCCAUUCCAAUGGUUGACUUCUUAAAGAGUUUAGCCUGGUGAUUGACACACACACACGCACAUGCACACACACACACACCACACACACACAUCACACACAUUGCACAUAUAUAUGUGCAUAAAUUGGAAAGAGUGCUCAGUGUAUUAUGUAAACAUUGUAUAUUUGUUGGUAAGGCAUAUGAGUUAAUAGUUGCCUA